AUGUCAUACUCCUCGGAUCGCGCAUCUGCCGCGUUAUCCAGACUGAAGGACACUAUGAGAUCAAAGUCACCCGGAACUCCUCCUAGUAUCCCCUACGGUACCCGACCGUCGUCUGAGGGCUCGGGCUCGAGUAGCCGCUCUCCCCCACUGCCAUCAACGUCGUUGUCCCCGUCUUCGAGCAUGGAUCGUGGGUUCACGCCCUUCGAUCAGAUGAUGUACGGUGGUGUCGGAUCAAAUGCUUUGGGCAAUGCUGCUGGUGGGCUGGCAGCCCUGAGAGACGUGUUAGAAGCUGUGGAUACUUUGCCGUUCGUGAAGUACCUAGCCUCAGUUGGCGUCCAGCUGCUACAGUAUGUCAUUGAAGCACAAAUCACGAAUGAUAUGUUCAAGAGCUUGUCGCUGCGCGCGAAAGAUAUUGUCGUGGCCGUAGCGCGCUCGUGCAAUGGCAUGCAGUCAGUAGCUGUGCAGCUCGAGAGCGACCUUCGUCAGUUGACAAGCACCAUGGAAAACAUCCUUGCGUAUGCCUCCGAGAGGAUCAAUCGCAGGACGUACAAAAAGCUCCUGAGCAAGUCAGAAGAUGUCGCUGCUGUCAAAGCGCUUAACGAGCAAUUGACGCAUGCUUUUCACGUCUUCGAGAUCCAGUCCAGCGUAAGCACGCGUCUGGUACAACAACAAAUGGUGCAGCAGCUGUAUACGAUGUCUAUCACUCCAACGGCACCUCGUUCCGAGUUCAUUGCGAACUGCAACCUACGCGUUCAAGAGGGCAUCUACAUCAUCAAGAACGUCGCCGACGGUCAAGUCAUCGAGACAGUAGACCACAAGCCGCUAGGCGGAGCCGCACAUCACACGUAUAUGGCGCCAUCAAGGGAAGGAGCAUUGCAAACGCAGCUAUGGGUGAUAGAGAAGAAGGCCAACAACGACUUUACCUUUGUGAUCCGUAGCUUGGCCGUUGGAACAGUCCUGGACAUCUUUGCCUGCUCCACUAGACCAGGUUCGAAGGUCUGUGCCCAUUGUUAUAACGCAGGCGAACACCAGACCUGGUUGUUUUGGGGAACAAGAGAGGUGUCUACAGAGCAAUACUGCACCAUCCGAAGUGCUAACGGCAUAGUCCUUGACGGCCGAUGUCCGAGGGCCCGUUCAGGGUGCGAUGAACUACACGCUACAUCUAUUCCCUCUCAGGGGCCCACCACCUUCCAAGAAUGGAGCCUUAUCCGCCUGUCUUCAACCAUGCCCCUCAGCCUCGGCAAUCCCAUCACGCCAAUACCGGACGUUAUAUUCCCCCGACGCCCGCUGCUACUACAGAACGUGCUUACGGGGAUGCUUGCAACCCGUGUAGAAGCUAGGGGCACCUGGGAUCCCAACGUGCGCUUGACACCAUCGGCUUCGCAGGACAGUUCUUGGGCAUUCGUCUACGUCGAGAACUUUCCAGGCAACGUCCGCGCCGAUGUCUUUGCUAUCGCGAACAGCUCAGUAAAUAGGAUGACUAUGGAUCACUGGGGCGGUGCGCAUAUCAACGUUGCAAAACACGACACAACCGAUUAUCAUCAUAUGUGGGCGCCCGUUCUACGUGAUGGCGCCUUCAUACUUCGCAACAUCGCAACGGGUGCUCUUCUGGCGUCCUCACGAUCGGAACAAGGAGUCGUCGACACUCUUCCAGAUACCGAGCGCGAAGACCCCGCAUGUCAUUGGCGUCUCCUCGACGCAACAACGAGCGAGCAAGUUCGCGUGUUAUACGACUCCGGCCUUUCGAUCAUGCCUCCUGAGCUCGCAGGGCGGUUGCCAGUGGUGCAGCCAGUGCCUCAGCCCCUGGAGUUGCGAACUGUGACGGCACCGGAGAAGAUGAGAGUCGCGAUGCUGGAUAGCUUCGCGCAGGAGCAUGGUCUCAUCCGGGAGAUGCUAUUGGAAGGAUACAAAGCGUUGAUCGUCACGCCGCGUACGAUCGCUGGCUGGAAGAACGGCAGGGUGCGGAAAGUUGCGAUACAGGCGGAUGAUGAUGCGGAUUUCAAGUAUCGGGCGCAUGACAACUUCGACCCUUGCGUUUAG